AUAUAGAACCCUUAGCUAAAAAAAAGGUUAAAGAAGUUAAAAUGUUUGUGGUUAGCCUAUUGGAAGAUUUAGAUAAGAAGAAGCAUGAUAAUUUUGAUAAUAAAAACCCACCACAUAAAGAAAAAUUCCAACCAACUACCGAUCCUGAAUAUCAUCAAAAAUCAGUUAAAACUGGUUGUGAUAAUGGAAAAUCAGGUAUGGACUAUAUGGAAGAACCAAAUAGUCUUAAUGAUCAUGAGAAAUUCAGCAGCUUCCAAAAACCUGCUGUUAUAGAGUCAGCAGUAAUGGACCAUAAUGAUGAGAAGAAAUCUCCCAAUAGAACAUGUGAUAUUGGUAACAGCUAUCAACAUAGAAUCAGCGUAGAAGAGAAUAAAAAUAAAGUUUUUGAAUGA